AUGACUACCUCAUCUCCAGGAGCGCAGGAAAUUGCGUCGCAUGAACUCGAAAUGCCAUCGAGACAUGAUAAUGUUUCUGAACAGACUGGGCAAGAUGAGUAUGUCUACAUCGCGGAUAGAUACAACUUGAUUCGGCGGAUCAUUUUCAUCAUGACGGUGUGUUCAUCCAUGUUCACCAAUCAGUUGGGCCUAUGCAACAGCCUCACGACUCUCGAAAUAAUCGGCGAUUCCUUUGGUGUCACUGCUCCUGGUCAACUCUCGUGGACAGUAUCUGGCUAUGGCUUGACUUUAGGCACAUUCGUGUUGAUCGGGGGACGUUUGGGCGACGAGUUUGGCAACAAGGCAAUUUUCAUCAUCGGCAUGGGCUGGCUUGCCUUGACCAGCAUGAUGGCAGGAGUCUCUGUCUAUUCCAGCUGGCCCGUCUUCGUCCUUGCUCGUGUCCUGCAGGGCCUCGGUCCCGCCUUAACUGUGCCUAAUGCACUCGCUAUCUUUGGCAAAUGCUUCUCGCAGGGCCCUCGGAACAUGGGAUUUGCAUGGUUUGCUGCAUCAGCUCCAGUCGGUGCGAUGGCAGGUCUCCUCUUUGGGGCCCUCUUCGCCAUGGCGUGGUGGCCAUGGAUCUACUGGAGUCAGGCUUUGGGGGUUGCCUUUCUCUUCGUGCUCGCCAUAUUUGCAAUUCCAAACAUGCCUGUUGAAGGUGAAAAAAACCAGCGACGAACAAUACGAGAAACUUUAGACCGCCUUGAUCUCCCGGGAGGUGCUACCGGUGUGACAGCCCUGGUUCUGUUCAACUUCGCCUGGAACCAAAGCCUGGUCACUACGUGGGAUGAACCCUAUGUGUAUGUGUGUCUCAUCCUCAGCUUCCUGUUCUUGGCGGCGUUUCUUUUCAUCGAAAUUCGCCUAGCUCGCCAUCCAAUCCUACCUGUCGCCGUCCUCACCUCCGACAUCGCUUUCGUCUUCGGUUGUACAGCAGCCGGCUGGUCCACAUUUGGCAUCUGGCUCUUCUACGUCAUCCGAAUAUGCCUUAACAUCGGCGGUCAAACCCCCAUCCAACUAGCUGCAUGGCUCUCUCCCAUCCUCGUCACCGGCAUAUCAACAGCAUUGAUAGUAGGUAAAAUAAUCACCAAGGUUCCCGCCCCAUUCAUUAUGUUGUUUGCAAUGCUGUGUUACUUCCUCACUUCUCUUCUCAUGGCCUUGCGACCCGUACACUCGACGUACUGGACCUACUUUUUCUUCGCCACCAUCAUUGCCACCUUUGCUAUGGAUUCAUCGUUACCUGCUGCCACAAUCAUCUUCUCGAACGCGGUGCCUCGACAGUAUCAGGGGAUGGGAUCUAGUGUGAUCAUGACCAUUGUUGUGUAUAGUAUCUCGCUCGGCCUGGGUUUCGCUGGUACUAUUGAACUUCAGAUCAACAAUGGCGGACACACGAAGGCAGAGUUGCUGCAUGGUUACCGGGGUACGCUCUGGUUUUCGGUCGGGUUGACGGCAUUCGGCACUAUUCUUGCACUUAUCUUUCUACUCAAAGAUCUGAGAAGACGAAAGUUGGCCAGGAAUCAAGAGGGAGAGGAAAAGAAUGAUUCAUCGGAAAUUUGA